AUGAAACAAAUUAUUUUGUUAAUAUCUAUAAAUAAAAGUUUGCAGAGGGAAGGUGCAAGUCCCGAGACUUUGGAUGAUGUUAAUUCCCUUAUCGACUAUGUGGUUCAUUCUAAGCAGACGAAUGUAAACAGGACAAAGCCUUUGAAGGACGUGGUCCGCAAAAAAAUCGAAGUUCCUCCCACCGUUCUUCAUAAAGACGAGAACGUUGUAUCAUACCCAUUUCAAAUACCUCCAAGAUACAUUAGAUACAUUCAAACACGUGUCAGUGUUCCUGGAAUAAAAAUAUCGGAAAAUACAGUGAUUCACUAUAAUUUAUAUAAAGAAGAUCGCGUCUUUAUUGAAACAUUCAAUUCAAGAUCGUCCGACCUUCAAAUCUCUACCGUAUCACAUUUAUACAAUUUAGGACAACUAAUUAGUAAUGAAUUCUUGAUAAUAAUGGACAUUUUGGAAAAAACCGCAUCACAAUGUAAUGCCAAUAAGCCUUUUUCCUACGAAUUUGGGUUACUAAUGGCCAGAGAAAAUGGCGUUUCGGUACCAGCAUAUAUACUACGCGAAGUUCAUACUGUAUCUCUUCAUCAUUCCCUAAAGGACAUUUUAUAUACUAGAUUUGCACACUGGGUGAGAAGAAGAAAUGAAUUUGGAUUACCAUUGAUAAGGCAUUUAUGGCCUCAGACAUGUCCAAAUGACACCUCCCCUCUCGCGUUGUUCAGGCCAAGGGCUAAGGAUAAGAUGUUACUCAGGAGAUCCAGGAGAACUCAAGCCGAAAAUAUUCAAUAUUUAUAUCACUUAAUCGAUGGUUUCAAACGGGUGUUGAAGAUAUUGAGUAAGAUGAGGCAGAGAGAUGAAAAGAAGUUGAUAUUGGCUGAGCUUGACAUUGUGUUGUUCGACCAAAGGCGGAAUGAACUUGUGGAUCCAACUUAUACGUGCCCAUUUUGGAACUGUAUACUAGAUAUCAAAAAAUCUAAAGCCGUUAAAAGACGUAAAACCAACUCUAUAUGCAGUGAUGAGGGUAUUCCAGGCAGAGAUAUGAAGUUGGACUAUGUUGAGCGUACUGUUUUGGGCGAGAAUGUUCUUGAUUUACCAGAACCCGAAAGUUACAAAACAAUGCGCCUCACUAGAAGAUUAGGCAGAGGUGGUCGAAUCUGGAUCGAUCGGUUCCAUAUUAAUCAUAACACUAGCAACUCAUUAAAUAACUCAAAUUCUCAUACUACUACUAAGGAUACUAAUACUAAUAAUACUAAGGAAUCAGGCACUAAUGCUAAUGCUUCUGAAACUAGUGAUAAUACUAAUACCACAGCUGAUAACACUGAAAAUGCACAAAUGGAUAAAGAAUUAAAAAUAAAAAAAGAACCGGUGGAACAAGAAAGUGAUAAAGAAGGUGUUGAGGAUGAGGUUGCGAUAAAUAACAAUCUUGACAGAGCGUUGAAUUUGUCAAACUUUGACAAUUUUAACAUUUACUCAAAUGAAACCGUUUUGGAUACUAGACCACCUUUUGCUAAUCCAUAUGAAGCAGGUCAUGUAUACAACACUCUAGUUCUGUAUUACUAUCACCUUAUUUGUUUAUUAUUUCUCUUAACACUAGUAAUCUUGGUAAUUUAUGUGAUGUGUAGGAUUAUCGAUGUUUUCGAUACCUGGAUACAUAAAGAAGCAGUUCCAGGUGCUGAACUUGCUGGACAACAUGAACGUGCAGGACUCAUCAAAGUAAUUUCAUCCGCUCCUCAAAAUAAUUCCAUUCACUCGUUUGCAUAA